CUUCUGGGCUACGUCAACCCAGACCAAGGGAUACAGUGCUGUUGCAAACACUUCCUGUUUCAAGAACUUUUCAUGUUAACUGUCUUUUCAUGUUAACUUCGAGAAAGACUUUGUUUACAAAUAACGUUGGUUUCAUGCAUUCAUUAACGUAUCCGUAAAGAAUUUUGAUUUAACCGGCCAUACUUUUCUCUACCUGGUAAAUUGUUUCGGUAACGACGUUACUUGGAGUUGAAGCAAAGUUAACGGAAAUGAGUUUCUUAUUUGGAAGUCGGUCCUCAAAGACAUUCAAGCCAAAGAAGAACAUUCCAGAGGGUUCUCAUCAGUAUGAGCUCUUGAAGCAUGCUGAAGCCACUUUGGGAAGUGGCAACCUUCGAGCUGCUGUUAUGCUGCCAGAGGGAGAAGACCUUAACGAAUGGAUAGCUGUCAAUACUGUGGACUUCUUUAACCAGAUCAACAUGCUCUAUGGAACCAUUACUGAAUUCUGCACUGAGACUAGCUGCUCUGUUAUGUCUGCAGGGCCCAGGUAUGAGUAUCACUGGGCUGAUGGCACCAAUAUAAAGAAACCAAUCAAAUGCUCUGCUCCAAAAUACAUUGACUACCUGAUGACUUGGGUUCAAGAUCAGCUGGAUGAUGAAACCAUCUUCCCCUCCAAAAUUGGUGUGCCUUUCCCAAAAAACUUCAUGUCAGUGGCAAAGACCAUUCUUAAACGCCUUUUCAGAGUCUAUGCCCAUAUUUACCACCAGCACUUUGACUCUGUCAUACAACUGCAGGAAGAGGCCCAUCUCAACACUUCCUUCAAGCAUUUCAUCUUCUUUGUGCAGGAAUUCAACCUGAUUGACCGCAGAGAGCUGGCUCCCCUGCAGGACCUUAUUGACAAGCUGGGUACCAAGGACAGAUAAAUACAUUCUCAUCACAGAGUCAUCUGUUAGUGCCUCCAAGCACCUUUUAAACAUUUUAUCUUUGUGUUUUAUACUCACUUUUUGGCUUUGUGUUGUUCUUUUGUCUUGUAGCUUUUCCAACUGAGUUCUUUGAAAUCUCAAGUAGGAUAUUUUAAUGCUAGAAUCAGCUCAUUUCAGAAAUUUCAGCUUCUUUUCAGUUAAUGACCUUUUGUUCUGUUUUGGCCAAAAAAGUUUAGAAUGGUUAUCAAUCAUUCAGGCUUUUUCCCAGUAUACUUAUUUUACUCAAGUUUAUAUGUAAUUAAACAUACAUGUCUUGAUUGUACUGAUGUACUGAUUGUAGGUGUUCUGCUUAUGUUGAUUUUCACUUUGUUAUUUGGGCCUUAUGAACUAAACAAAAGGACCAAGUGCGGGAGGAGGAUUAGAAACAUUGUAAUAUUUUAAGUGAACCUUUGAUCAGGAUUUUUUAUUAAAACAUUGGAUCAUUUUUAUACAAACAGUAAUGCAAAAUAUACAUUUUGUAAUGUUUCAAUUUUUAAAUUUUAAUGAAGUUGUUUGAUGACAAACUGUGUGUACACAUUUCACUGUGAGUAUAGAUUAUUGUCACUCCAUUGUCAAACAAGUUUAUUUUAAACUGAAAAUAAUUUUGUGAUCUUAGGUCAGUUUAGUUGUCUUGAAUAUUAAAAUGCUACACAGUCACAGUA